AAGAAAAAAACGACAAGGUGGUGGACAACAACCACAAGCAUCAUCCACUCAACAAAUAACACCGCCUGCAUUAGCUAAUAAACGUUAUCUUAUUUUAACUUAUAAUGCAGAAUAUGACAGAAUCUAUUAUCCAUUAUCGUUACCCUAUUGUGGUAAACCAGAUCCUGUUUUAUCAAUGAAUCAAAUUAGAGAACUAAUAAAAGAAAAUCGAUUUUAUAAAACAAGGCUUGAAUCAAACGUACAGCAUAGCGAUUUUAUUCGUCUUCAACGAGAUUUAACUCGUUUACGAAAAGAAAAUGAUCAACUAAAACAGCAGUUAACGUUGUAUCGUUCAGGUGGCAAUGGUGGUGGUGAUAAUCAACCAAUAAAUAAUUCUUCUGCAAAUGAUAAACAACAGAUUGAAUUAUUGAGACAAAUGAUUCGUUCGUCAGAAGAAGCUCUCUCGAAAGAACGUAAUCGUCUACAUAAAACAACAUCAAAAAAAUUAGAUGAUUAUCGAAUAUUAACCGAUCAAGUUGAUUCACUGCGUACAUCCGAACGACAAUUAAAAGCAAAAGUUCGAAGUCUAACAAAUGAAAUCGGAAUUUUGAAACGAAAUUCUGUACAUCGAUCACCGGUUGUUAAACCGUCCUCUCGUUCAUCAUCAAAAGAACGACCAAUGUCAAAUGGAUAUUCUCCACGAUCUCGUAUAAGUCAACGUCCACCAUCACGUCCAAAUUCGGGUGAUCGUCGUCGUCAGCAACAACAACCACUUCAUUCUCAACAUCGUUCAGAUCAUGUUUUAAUAAAACAGCGACAUCGUUCAUUGAGUAGUGAACGAAAUCAUCGAUCAACAAGUUCAACAAAACAACGAUCACCUUCGCCAUCAGAUUCCCAAAAGCGAUUUAAUCCAACAGCGUAUAUUCGUGAACGAAAUAAUAAAUUAAGAGAAUUUGAAUUACAAAAGUAA